AUGGCGGCGCAGCUGCUCGCGCUCGCCGCGCUCCGGCUCGCGACGGCCGCGCACCUCAUCCCCCUCGACGCCAUCGGCUACCUCACGAGCGGCCGCGGGCCGCCCUGCGGCUCGGCGGCGCUGCCCUGCCCGCCCUGCGACGCGCCGGCGCGCGCGUCGCAGCGCGCGCGGCGCAACCUGCUGACCCUCGACCGCGCGGCGCGGGACCGCGUCUACGCGGCCAUGGACGUCACCAAGGCCCUGGACCAGCGGAGCGGCGAAAAGAAGUACGGUCCCGACUUCCGGAGCUGGGACGGCAUGGUCCUCAAGCACGCGGCCGCGACCUUGGACCCGCGCGGCGACCAGGGCCACGGGAGCCCGGCGUACGUCACCUUCCACCGCCUAUUUCUGCUCGAGUACGAGCGGUCGCUGCUCGCCGUGGACCCGGCCGUCGGCGGGCUGCCGUAUUUGGAUUUAACCGACCCAAAGGCCUUCGCGCUCUUCGGCGCGGACGACCUGGGCGCGACGGUGGGCGCCGGCGGCAUCGACGGCUACUUCGCCCACUGGCGCGUGGGCAACUUCUCGGACGCGCGCGCCGCGGCGCGCACGGACUUCGACUUUGGGGGCUGGGCCGGCGACGGCGACGGCGCGCUCCGGGCCGGGCGCGUCCCGCCGGCGACGCGCGCCGUCACGCGCUACGCGCGCUGCGUCGAGUACCAGGCGAACGCCGACGACGCGAAGCGCUGCCACGGCGCGGCGGACUUUGCGGACUGGUACCACUGCGUCAUGACGAUGCGCGACAAGGCCGCCGUGGAGUCCGGCGCGCUCGCGGGCGUGCGGCCCCAGUUCGUGACGACGGGGGCGUUGCACUUCGAGGGCCACACGUGGCUCGGGUCCGCCGACGGCGACCAGGGCUACGGCUGCGACGCGAGCGACGUCUUCGGCGAGCGCACGGUCGCCGUCGGCGACUUCUGGGACCACCGGACGUCGCCCAACGACCCGGUCUUCUAUUUCUACCACGCGAACCUCGACCGGCUCCAGACGGCGUGGACCGUGUCGGGGCCGGCGAAGAACGCGACGCGCGCGACGUACUUCGACUUCCAGGCCAAAAGCGACGGCGUCCAAGGCACCGCGCUGACGGACGUCGUCGCCGCGGCGUGGCCCUACGCGUCGGACCUCAUCGACGCGCCCGGGCGCGGCAACGUCACGCACGCCGACGCCCUCUGCCGCCUGGCCCCGGCCGCCGCGCCCUACGCCUACGACGCGCUGCCGGCCUACGACGGCAACGCGUGCCUCUCGGCCUCGUCGCCGCCGCCCAUCAAGAGCUACCACGUGCACCCCGUCUUCGACGGCGCCGACCCCGCGGCCGUGGCCCUCGCGCUCGACCUCUGGCAGCGCUUCGCGGACUUUUCGCGCGUCGUGUUGCGCGCGUACGACGACGCGACGCCCGUCUGCGCGUUCGGCCACCAGACGCCGGGGCCCGACGGCUACGCCAAGAUCUGCCCCUUCCCGGGCCACGCCGGCCCCUUCCAGCCCUGGUCCGGCGACGGUCUGUUCGGCGGCGCGCAGUACGCGUUCUUCGUUCCCCUGGUCCACGCGGUGGCCGCGGAGAACUGGUGGCGCCAGCGCGCGCGGCCGCCGGUCCACUUCCUCUUCCACGGCAACACGGGCUGCGCCGACAACGACCACGGCGAGUGGGCCGUCAAGUCGGAGCACUACCCGGUCUUCAACCAGAGCACGGCGAUGCUCUACGGCUGCCACGAGGGCCCGCCGGCCUGCGAGCUGAGCCUCGUCGAGUACGAGAGCGCCCGGGGCGGCUGCCUCGCCUUCGGGAGCGGCGCGCCGGGCCUCGCGCCCUGCGCGCGCGCGCUCGACUACGGGAACGGCGCGACGAUGUGGCGCGAGACGACGUCGUACGCGGCCGGCCGCGACGUCCUCGCGGCCUGGCGGGACCCGGCGGCGUGCGUCGCCGCGGCGCCGGGCGUGUCCCUCGCGGCCUGCGACUCCGCCGACGACCAGUUCGCCUGGCGCGGCGCGCGCGUUUUGGCGUGGAACGCGUCCGCGGGCGCGCUCGCGCACGGGAGCGGCCGCUGCCUCGGGGUCGUCGGCGGCGGGCUGGCGCUCGUCGCCUGCGACGACGCGCGCGGGGCGUGGACGCGGACGUUCCUUAAUUAA